GUUGUUUUUAAAAACGUCAUAGAAUUAAAACGCAGUUGCUUAGACGAGGAACGAGAAUUUCUUCGUGGAAAAAAAGUGGGAAACAUUUGAAAUCAGAUGCACUCGCUCCGGAAAAAGGAGAGAAAGUUCUUGUUCCGAGAUGCAAACCAAUAUUCAUAAGCCCGCGAAAUCCGAUAAGACGCCGCGGCGCAAGAAGCUCAUCCCUGAACCACAAAGCAACGCUAUGGAUAUGAUCGUGACGCCGAAACGUCAGAAAAGUGACGAUCUAGAGGUCACUGGUAUCUCCCGCAGUGGCCGUGUGAGAAAGAAAUCUUCCAAACUCGUUGACUUUGAGUCACCAGAUGAUUUUGCGGAUAACAAGUACAAACGUCAAAAAGCUCAACAAUUACAAAAUCAACAAUUGUUGGAUAGAUAUGAGGCCGAGCAUAUGUCGCCCAAUCAAUCGAUACAACAUGGAAGUGGUGGAAGGCAGAGGAAACAUUCUAAUUCUAAUUCAAAUUCCGGUCCACAAAGAGUCAAGGCUGAGCCAUUGUCGGAUAACGAAAUGCAAUCGUCUGGAACUGAAUCCGAUGAUCCCUCCGGGCUGAAUGAAGACGAAAGAUACAGCAUGGACUCUGGAAGCGAGGACGAAGUAGAUCCUCUUAUGAUAGACGAUAGAGAGGCAGGUUUUAGAAAACUGGAGCCACCUGGCCAAGAAACAACUUCGCAAGCGAAUAGUUUGUAUAUGCUUGAGAAAUGUAAGAAAAAGCUAAUCAUUAAAGAUGGCAAAAUAAUAGGUAGAAUGAAGGCACAACGAAAAGACAAAGGGAAAACAAGAUUUACUGCUUACAUGUUGUGGGCUAAAGAAAUUAGGCAAGAAUUACUAGAGCAAUGUCCUUACAUGGAUUUUGCGGCAAUUUCGAAACGGUUAGGAGAACUGUGGGCUACAGUGCCGAAUCUGGAAAAGUAUAACUGGCGCAGACGCGCGAAACGUUUGGCGGCAAAGCCUCAUGUUUUACCCCCAAGUAAAGAUGAGCCUGUAUGGAAAAUGCCGGCGCCCGCUUCGCGAAAAAAAUUCAUUAAUAAAAGUGGUAACGGAAAAGAGCACAAGUCUACCUCGAGAAAGACCAUUCAACUAGGUCUGCCGUCGGUUAUAGGGAACGUUCCGGUGUCGCCACCGUCGAAUCGAUCCGGAAAAGAUUUGGUCAAUGAACCACUGAUAGGUACGGGAAUGUAUAAAGUAGUAGGAACGCAACCGAUCGAUGUGGCCGCUCAUUUGAAACUUCUCGGCGAGAGCUUGACGAUUAUUGGGGAACGUUUAAAGGAACACGACGGGCAAAUUGCGGUCUCUGGCAGUCUGUCGGUUUUAUUGGACUCUCUUCUCUGUGCAUUGGGCCCCUUAAUCUGUUUAACGCAACAGGUACCGGAAACUAACGGAGCUAAACACGAAACACUUUCACAAAUGCUCGAUAAUAUCGCAUAUCUCAUGCCUGGUUUGUAAUAUAUGUAUCAAAUUGUCUAGAAGGUAAACACUUGUAAUAUACACUAUAAAUACAUUGUAUAACUAUUGAUAAUACGUUGACGUAGCCAUUAAGUUCAC